AUGACAACACUGUUACCUCGUGUCGCACGCACGAGAUGGCUCUUCCAAAAUGUGCCUCGCCGGCCAACUCCUCUACCUACGAAUAUCCUUAGAACCGCCGCCCUCCUACGCAAACCAAUGUCCCUUUCCCUUUCUACGACCUGCUGCUGCUGUUCUUUAGGAAAAAAGGAGAGGGCUGACAAGAUUGGAAAUCCUGGGAAUACGGAUACUGGAGAGCAGAAAAAGACAGAUAGUGAUCCGAGGAUCAAUGAUUUGGGAAGGGCGAUUGAAGAUGAUUAUGCUACGAUUAGAGAAACAUAUGCAACACCCAAACACCCCAUUGUUCUCGCCCAUGGUCUUUUAGGCUUCGACGAGCUUCGACUCGCAGGCUCCCUUCUCCCAGGCGUACACUACUGGCGCGGCAUCACCGACGCAAUGCGCGCGAACGGUAUCGAAUUCAUAACUGCUUCCGUCCCAGCAUCCGGCAGCAUCGAAGAACGAGCCCUGAAACUCGGCCAGGACAUCGCCUCCAAAGCAAACGGCAAGAGCGUCAAUAUAAUUGCUCACAGCAUGGGGGGCCUAGAUGCCCGAUACAUGAUCUCCCGACUCAAGCCAGAGAAUGUUGACGUUUUGUCUCUUACCACAGUAGCGUCGCCGCAUCGAGGAUCGAGUUUCGCGGACUAUGUUUUCCAGGAACUGGGGCCGUCCUAUGUACCGCAUUUCUGCAAGUGGUUUGAGAGAAUCGGAAUUAGUACUGGAGCCUUCAAGCAGUUGACGACGAAGUAUAUGCGGGAGGAAUUCAAUCCGAAGACGCCUGAUGUCCCGGGUGUGAGAUACUUUUCUUACGGAGCCACGGUGGAUCCUAGUCUUUGGAGUGCUUUCCGACAGCCGCACCGCGUGGUUGAGAGGAUGGAGGGCCCGAAUGAUGGUUUGGUUAGUGUGGAAAGUGCGAAGUGGGGGACGUAUAAGGGGACGUUGGUUGAUGUUAGUCAUUUGGACUUGAUCAAUUGGACAAAUAGGCUGAGGUGGAUGAUGUGGCAGCUGGUGGGUAAUGAGCGAAAGUUCAAUGCCAUUGCGUUCUACUUGGAUAUCGCAGAUAUGCUUUCCAAGGAAGACUUGUAA